AUGUUAGAUGAGGAACACUAUCGCCACGGCUUACGGAACCAUUUUAUGGGUCAGGUGAAAAAUUCAAAAUUGCAGAAAUAUUGUCAAGGUGCCCUACAGGACACUCCAGCCCAAUAUAUUAAAGAACAAGCUUUACGCGGCCAACAGAAAAUGCAUGAAUACGAGAUGUCGAAACAGAAACAAACACCGCAACCAAGGCCAAGCGGCGGUGAUGCUGAAAGAAUGCUUUGUGAUCCGGCAUUUUCAUCGCAAAUAAGUUCGGAUUCGUAUCGUCAGAAGAGCAGCGAUUACGCCUUACGUCAAUUGCAUUGUAAUCCUAAGGCACCAGCACCAGCAACUCCCAUGAAUCCGUGCUCGCCUAUCCACAAUAAAUACAUACCGGACGAUUGUCCAGAUAGAUAUCUUUUUGAAACUGAUUCAAAUUUCGGCGGUGUAUGUUGCGGUUCAGAUGAAAGCGUUAAAUCUCAAAAAACUUCCAAGACUGUGGUCAGUCGAAAAAGCUCGCAGGAAUUGCGGAAAAUCGUGAAAUCCAAAUGUAAACUUCACGAGGUAAUCGAUGAAACCCUAAAGCAAAUGUGCCGCAGUGACGACGGCAGUCCCGACGGUAAACAUCGAUAUGAAUCUAAAGAUAAUGAUAUGCCCGCAGCUCAUUGCAAACACUGCAGCGAUAAGAUGUUGUCACGUCAAAGUCAAAAAGAUGUAAUGACAGAAAUUGGCAAAGGCGAUUUUCUCGAUUGUCGUAACGGCGAUACCUUGACUAUUUCAGUAGACGACGUAGUAAAUUCAAAGGUAAUUAAUCCAAUGAUACGUAAACUGCAGCGCAUGUAUCUUAAUAAUCUAAAAGAGGAAAUGUCCUUAAUGGAAGACUUGGAAAAGCUACCGCACAAGGUUAACGAAGUCUACAAAGCCACAAUUUUCAAGCAGAAGGAUUAG